AUGUCUAGCUUCUACAAAAACUUUCAGAAAAUAACGCAAAUCAGUUGCGCAACAACUUCACUAUUAUUGAAUACGCUCCUCAUCUUUUUGAUUAUAAUCAAAUCUCCAAAAUCGAUUGGUUUCUACAAGUAUCUUAUGAUCUACAUCUCAUUGUUCGAAGCAGUUUAUUCAAUUUUAGAUGUCUCUUCUGAGCCAGUAAUUUAUUCCUAUGGCAGUGCAUUCAUCGCAUUUUCAAAUAUCAAUGACUCAUUUCUCAACAAACAUUUGAGCUUUGUGGUUAUUAUAAUUUAUGCGGGUUGUUUCGGAUUCUCUCUUGCUCUUUUCGCAGUUCAUUUUCUCUAUCGAUACAGUAUCAUCCAGUCUUCUUUUAAAACACAACUUUUACAAGGAUCCAGAAAACUAAUCUUAUUUAUCAUUCCUCUUUUUUAUGGUUUCUGGUGGACAUAUUUAUGUUCAUUAUUUUCACGAAACGCUGAAGUUGAUGCAUAUAUGCAAGAUACAAUGUUGAGUAGUUAUAAUGUAUCGAUGGAAGAUGUUACCUACAUUUGUUUCAUGUUUUUCACUUUGGAUGAGAGAGGAAUGAAAACACCUAAUAACGAAGCAUUUCUAGCUAUUCUAUGUAUGAUGUUCAUGAUUGUAAGUACUGGGUUUAUGAAAAAUAGAAGUUCUGAAUUUUUUGGACUCAUUUUCAAGUGAAAGCUAUGGAAAAAGAUUAUGAAAAAAUCAUAUGAAAAAAUUAUCAACAAAGAAAAUCCAUGUUUUUUAAAUCGAAAAAAAAACAAACCACCGAAAAUUUGCAGCUCUCCUCGAUGUUUUGUGUUUUUUAUUUUGGCACCAAAUGCUAUAAAAUAAUUAACCACGCAUUUGAUGGAAGCUCUAACCGAUCCGCCUUCACUCAAAGUCUUCAAAAACAAUUAUUCUACGCAUUAGUGGUUCAAACGUGUAUUCCAUUAAUCCUAAUGUAUAUCCCAGCUGGCUUUUUGUUUUUGACAGCGAUUUUCGAAAUUCAAAUUGGGUUUGCUAGUAGCAUUGUGGCUAUAACUAUUGCUAUUUAUCCAGCCGUGGAUCCACUUCCAAAUUUAUUGAUAAUCAAAGAUUACCGGAAAGCGAUCAAGGUUUUUGUUGUCAAGAAUUUAUUGAAAGUUUUGCCGAAACGUGAAAACAACACAAACAAUCAAACUUCUCGAAUAUAA